GAAGGACAUGGGAGAUAUUAGGGAUCACCAUGACAUCUCCAAAGGCAGGGCCCUGUGAAACCAAGCACCGGCCCCACCCAGAUGCUUAUCAGGCUUGCAGUGAUAUCUACAAUCUUCCUGACAUUCUUUGCAAAAGACAAAUAGACAGGCAAUAAUUUCCUUAGUUUCAACACGUGUAGUCAAAUUGCUGCUCACAGCUACCAACCCAUUUGUGUCUUUGAUUAGUCAUCCCCCAAGGCAAACUAUAUUUAAAAUAAGGAAACCUGCUAGAAUAGAAGGUGCCCCACCUUCUUAACAAGAAGCUUCAUUUGACUGGUCUUCAUUUCUUGGCUGGUAACUUCCUGCAUUCACCACACCUACUGUUACUGGCAGAAAAAAAAGCAAGCAAACUGCUGUCAGAGCCAGCAGACACAUGCCAGAGAAAUUGUGGGAUCCUUCAAAUCUCUUACCAGUAGAAGUUCCAUGUGGAAGUCCAUAUGCUGAGGCUGUGUGUUGUGUUCAUCUGCCUUUUGUAUGGGGUGAAAACAGAUCCUCAGGAGACAUGUCCUGCAUUCACAGCCCUCGGCUUCGGGAAUGCUUUGAUAGGGACAGAUCUGAAAGUGAAGCUGCUGCUCUACACCCGGCAGAACCCAAGCUGUGCUGAGGAGCUCCACUCAGCAGCCUCCACAUACCUCAAUGUGACCAAGAAAACGACCUUCAUCGUGCACGGGUACCGAUUCACAGGCUCUGCCCCCAUCUGGAUCCCUGCCCUGGUGCAUCUCCUGCUUUCUGUGGAGGACAUGAACGUCAUCGUUGUGGACUGGAACCAGGGGGCAACGACUCUCAUCUACAGCUAUGCUUCCAGGAAGUGCAAAAGAGUUGCUGAGAUUCUGAAGAAAUUCAUAGAUGAAAUGUUGAUUGGUGGAGCGUCCCUUGACUCCAUGCACAUGAUAGGAGUGAGCCUGGGAGCACACAUCUCUGGCUUUGUGGGACAGCUGUUUGACGGCACACUGGGAAGAAUCACAGGCCUCGACCCCGCGGGCCCCUUGUACAGGGGCACGGCGCCGAGCGAGAGGCUGGACCCCACGGACGCGCAGUUUGUGGAUGUCAUUCACUCCGACACCGACGGACUGGGUUAUGGAGAAGCACUGGGCCAUGUCGACUUCUAUCCCAACGGCGGGACCGACCAACCAGGCUGUCCACUGACACUCUUUUCUGGAUUGCAGUAUUUUAAAUGUGACCACCAGAGGUCUGUUUUCCUGUUCCUGUCCUCCCUGACACAGAGCUGCAACAUCACCACAUACCCCUGCAACUCGUACAGGAACUACAGGGAUGGCAAAUGCACCAGCUGUGAACCCUUCUGGCCCAUGCCAUGCCCCAUCCUAGGUUAUUAUGCCUAUGAGUGGAAAAGCUAUUUAACACAACAGAGCCAUCCAGUGACAAGUAUGUUUUUUGACACAGCGGACAAAGAGCCAUUUUGCAUCUAUCACUACUUGGUGGACAUUACCACAUGGAACAAGGACACCAGGAGAGGCACCUUCAGCAUCGUGCUAGCUGAUGAAGAUGGGAGGAGGGCAGAAUCAAAAGUUAAUCCAGAAGCUGCCACCUUCCAGCAGUACAAACAAAUCACUUUGCUCAUUGGGUUUGACCAGGAUCUUGAAAAUGUGGAAAGAAUUUCCUUGACAUUUUCCACGGGAUCUGUCAUUGGCCCAAAAUUCAAACUCAGGAUUCUCCAGAUGAGGUUCCACUCACUGACAAACCCAGAAAGACCCCAGCUGUGCCGAUACGACCUGGUCCUGACUGAGAACACCCAGAAAACCUUCAAGCCCAUCCCAUGCUGAAGCAGG